GUUCGUGCGUGACGUCUGGAGCUCUCUCCGGGGGCUAUGGGAGGGCUCUGGCGUCCCGUAUUAAGGACCGCUGCUGUCUGUGGCUGGCGUUGGAGUCACCCUGGGUCCCCGACCUGGGUUGUGGAGAGGGUACAGCCGUAUCUCAGGGUGGGAAGAAAUGGGACAGGAAGUGAUGAGACAGGGCUGAGGUGGAUUGGGACAUGGAGGCGUCCGAACCCGGCCCGGGACCUGGCCCUGCAGCCGCCGCGGCGGCCGAAGAGCACGAACCCUUUCACGCGCGCGCAGGAGGAGGAUUGGCGGCGUCGGAACAAGACGGUCCUCACGUACGUGGCCGCAGCCGCAGUGGGCAUGCUGGGGGCGUCCUACGCCGCCGUGCCCCUUUAUCGGCUGUAUUGCCAGACUACUGGUCUUGGAGGGUCAGCAGUAGCAGGUCAUGUGUCGGACCAGAUUGAAAACAUGGUGCCUGUGAAGGAUCGAAUUAUCAAAGUCACCUUUAAUGCAGAUGUGCAUGCAAGCCUCCAGUGGAAUUUUAGACCUCAGCAAACAGAAAUCUAUGUAGUGCCAGGAGAGACUGCACUGGCGUUUUAUAAAGCUAAGAAUCCUACAGACAAACCAGUAAUUGGAAUUUCUACAUACAAUGUUGUACCAUUUGAAGCUGGACAGUAUUUCAAUAAAAUACAGUGCUUCUGUUUUGAAGAACAAAGGCUUAAUCCACAAGAGGAAGUAGAUAUGCCAGUGUUUUUCUACAUCGAUCCUGAAUUUGCUGAAGAUCCAAGAAUGGUGAAUGUUGAUCUCAUCACUCUUUCUUAUACUUUUUUUGAAGCAAAGGAGGGACAGAAGUUGCCGCUUCCAGGCUAUAAUUGAAGUCAGCAUCUAAGUCCUGCUUCAGAUUUGUGAUUUUUGAAAAAUCAUGUAUUUAGUCUUCUCAGGGGAGAAAUACUUUACAGUAAUGUAAAGCUAUUUUAAAUAUUAUAUAAUGCUGUGUUUAUUUUUUCAACUGAUUUACCCUGCUUAAAAUUGAAUGAACAGUUUCAGCUGUCAGUCAUAAGGAAUCCACAGGCCCAUUUAGAAUGUAGGACUAUUCAAAACCAGAGAGUUUGAUAGGUAAUAUUAAAAGAAACGCUUUGUUUUUUAAAUAAGUAGGCACGGACUUCAUGGUUCAGUUUAUUAGCCCUUCAUACUUGUAGCACUGAGUACUUUUAUUAUUCCCACAGUUGUUUUAGGCUUCAGGCCAUAACUUCUGCCUAUUUUUGUUAUUUCUAAAAUAGUUGGUUACUACUUUCUUUUAUUGUGAACCAUCCUAUUUUAAAAGCUCACAAUGGAAGAGGAAUCACUGAGUCCUAACAGCCUGCCCAGAGAUUACAUUCUGAUUUCAGAUUUGACUCUCUUUUUCCUUUAGGAUCUAGGCCUAUUUUAUAUUCUGAGUACUGACUAAUUAUUUUGAAAUUUCAGCAUCAUGAAAAUGAAAGAAAAUGCAUAAAUACAUUUACUAGGAUUCUAGUAUUUCCUGUGAUAGUUCAAGUCCCUGAAUGUUAAAAUGUAAGUGUGGGGUUGUGAAUAAGUGUGAACUUACUGACAUCAGAAGUUCUAUGAACAGACGUGUAAAAAAGAUGUAUUAAAUUGUUUUAAUGGUAAUUUUUUUAUCAUUGUAAUUUAUGACAUAAAUGUACAAUAUAUUCUGAA